CGAGACUUCAGCGAGACAUUCUACGAGACGCUUUUAAGAGAUUUCAAUUUCAAACUUAACUCCUCCUCGUAAUCAAUAACACACACAAAUAUAUAUAUAGCAUAUAUUUGUGUAUAUUAAUUUAUAUAUACAAUAUAUAUAUAUACACAGAAAAGGAGCGAUCACAAACCGUUGUCAGGUGGAAUUAGAGUAACAUACACACACACAUAAUAUAUAUAUUACAUAGUGUUGUGUUGGAGUCUUUGUUGUUACUAAUAAUAAUAAUAAUAGUUCCUGGUAGAGAGAGAGAGAGAGAGACAAACAGUGGAAGAGAUCCCUAAUUAUCUACGACCAUGGUGUCCGUCAGUGUUGCCUUAAUUGAGGGAUGGCUACCCUUUGUAGCUAUAUUAGUGUUAAUUGUCUUAUUCUCAACCUUCUACGUCCGUCAUUUCAUAAGUAAAUACGACAGUGAAUGUAGUUCUACGAUGGCCGCUAUCAUUGGUCUGAGUGCAGCUCUUGUCACUUCGGCCAUUGUCCCUGUUGAUAUCUUCCUUGUCUCCUACAUGAAAGACAGCGAUGGACAUUUCCGGGAUUGGGCCAACAGUUCCUCUGCCAGAGACCAUGUUACGAACUCUGUUCUCAUCAGUUAUUAUGUUAUGUAUGGGCUUCUGACGUUCCUCUUCUUCCUCUUCUUGCCGUUCAUGUAUUUUUUCUUUGAGGAAAAAGAUGAUAUUGAACAACCGACUGUGAUGACUAGAUGUUGUGGUGCAUUCAAAUAUACUUUUGUAUUUGUUUUAAUUGCUGCUGUAUUACUCAUCUUGGGCGUCUCAGCAGUGGUCCCACAAAGAUCCUUCUGGAAUUCUUCAUGUGAAGUGCAUGAGAGUGGUUCGGCAAGAGAGACCGAUAGAAUAAGUACUAGGCUUACAAAGAAUAAGUCCUGGGGUCGAUUUGUUCGAUUAAAGGCAGUACUCCAGCAUGGCCGCAGUCAAAUGACUGAAACAAAUAAAAAAAUACAUACAUACAUACACCUUUCCUCCCUUUCUGCUUCAUUUUUUUUUUUGUUUUAUUCUUUCAUUUCAGGUGGAGAAGAUGCUCUCUCCUUUUUAAUCAGUAGUUUAAGUCUGUUGGGAAUGUUGGCUAUCAUCACCUAUACAGCUUAUGGUAUGUCUGCCAUGCCAGUCCGGUUGAUAAAGGGUUACCGUAAUAUUAGCAAGGACCGCCUUGCAGCAGAACAGAUCAGAAGUGUCACUACCAAAAAUAUUGAUGACAUCAAAAGCAAAUAUACAGGUCGAAGGUCAAUGUCCUCUCGUGACCAAGCUCGUAUAUCCGAACUGGAGGAGAAUCGUCGGUUUCUGGAGCGACAAGAUCGACACCUGGCCGAAGAACAGAACAGCUGCCUGAGGAAAUGCCUCCUUGUUUUUCGACCCUUCGAGAUCUUUGUAGGGGUUUUCUGCCUCUUGUUAACAUUGCUGAUCUUCCUCUCUCUUCUGCUAACCAAUAUUGACAAAGCAAUGAACAGCCUUGGUUACAAAAUCGGUUAUGCUCUUCCUAAAAGCACCUUGCCAAAUCCUAUUGAUAUGAUUUUGGUUUUCAGCCAGAAGGUUUAUCCCUUGGAUUAUAUCAUUAUACUCCUUAUCAUCAUUUAUCUAGUCUUCUGUUCCAUCUCUGGAAUUCGGAAUCUGGGUAUUUGGUUCUUCUGUGUUAGGCUGUACAAGAUUCGACCAUAUCGAACCACCCCUCAAGGGAUGCUGAUGAUGAAUAUGAUAUUGAUGCUGAUAGUCUUGGCCAUUAAUGUUAUCCUUUUUGAAUUGACUCCUCAGUAUUCUUCAUUUGGCAGUGAAGUUUAUGUGAACACCACAUACGUCCCUGUAGGCAACUCUUCUUCUACUCCUCCAGUUAUGAGCUGUAAUGUCGCUGCACCAGAAGAUCUCUGCAUAAUGACAAGAUUGGCAGUUCUACUCACCAAGUUCUUCUAUUCCAUGUGGUUUUUCGGUGCUGCUUAUUAUUGGUUCUCAUGGGUUUUCCUUGCUGUGAUUCCUAUUGGUUUUAUUAUUGUUGUUGUAAGACGCCGAAGAUCUGCCAUUGAGGGCCUUGUUGACCACGACGACUUUGAAGAUAGUGACGAUGAUUUGAUCCACGCCUAAACUACUUUUGUUAUUUGCAUUCAGCAAGGAAUUUAUAUAUAUACAUACAUAUAUCGAUACAUGUACGUAUAUUACACACAUGCUCACACACACACAUACACACACACCCUCAUAUUUAUACAUACGUAUAUGUAUGUGUAUAUAUCUUUUUCCCAAUUAACAUUGUGAUGUAUAUAAAUAAUAUAAGUACACAUAUGUACUGGCAUUUGUAUAGAAGCAAAUAUAUAUAUGUACGCACACAUACACAUACAUGCACACACACACACACAGAUGUAUGUGUGUGCCGAAACUCCAUACCUACCUACAUAAUUUAUAUAUUCAUAGAACCAACACACAAACAUAAAAAUACACAAACACAUACACAAAACCAUGUAUGUAUGUACGUGUCUAUGUAUAUAUACAUAUACACACAUGCACACAUAUAUGCACAUAUAUAUAUAUUUACUCCUGAAAUAUAUGCCACAUUACUCUAAUUAUAACAUAACUUGUUUACAGUGUUUUAAUCCCUCCACUAAUAUAUAUUUGAUAUAAGCGACAGAUUGUUAGAAAUUAAAACAACAGAACAAAAGAAAUAAAGAACAACAAACACUCAACAGAAUAAAAAUUAAGACAUUUUUUAAAAUAUACUCUAUUUAAUGGCCUAAAAGAUGCAUGAGUGUAUUAAAUGCACCCCAAUACCCCAAUUUCAACAUUGUAUAUUCAGGAAAAAAGCUUAUUGCAUGUAAUAUUUAAAACAGUCUAGCAGUGCAUUACAGGACACUCGAGAAUCACCUUAGCUAUAGCAGAAAAUGUUAUUGUAUAUAAAAAGUCAGUUAGGAGGAUAGCUGAAUAUUAAACAAGAAAUCAUAAUAAUAGAAAUAUCCUAGAAGAUUACAGGGAAUUAGUUGGAAUUGGCAAACAUUACUGGUCCACUCUGUUAUAAUUCUUUUUACAGCAGAAGUAAUGAUAAUAAUAAUAAUAAUGAUUAAGUGCAUAUUAUUAUUGUUAUUAUUAUUAUUAGUUGUGUGAUUAUUAUUAUUGGAUAAGGCGACAAGCUGGUAGAACCAUUAGCAUGCUGGGCAAAAUGCUUAGCAGCAUUUUGUCUGUCUUUAUGUUCUGGGUUCAAACGCUGCCGAGGCCGACUUUGCCUUUCAUCCUUUCGGUGGGGUCGAUAAAAUAAAGUACCAGUUGCAUACUGGGGUUGAUGCAAUUGACUUAUACCCUCCCUUGAACUUGCUGGCCUUGUGUCAAAAUUUGAAACCAUUAUUAUUAUUAUUAUUAUUAAAGUGGUGAGCUGGCAGAAUUGUUCGGACGCCAGGCAAAGUUUUUCAUCUGUCUUUAUGUUCUGAGUUCAAAUUCCACCAAGGUUGACUUUGCUUUUAUCCUUUUCGGGACAGGGUUC